CUCUCCCUCUAUUGCUCUGAAUGGAAGAAACAGAAAGCUAAAAAAAUGUUUAAAGUUUCGUUUCUCAUCUAAUGUGACUCCCCUCUAUAUUAGCCACCCUUAACAUCACUCCCUGUCUGGGUGUGUUGUACCAGAGGGCAGCACUGUUAAGUGCUUUAUUGUGCAAGAGUGUGUAUAAAUACUGUAUACCUGUUGGAAACAAUACAGGAUUCAAACACAACUUGCGAAGUAGACACAGUGGGAGCCUCCCUGAUAUUUUUCUCCAGUUAUGAACUCUCUACCAUCUGACUCAGGAGCUAGAAUAUCUGGCUGUUGGACUCUAAGAUCUGAUGGCGGUGGAGGUGGUGAGGGAUCACUAGACCGGCUUCUCCCCUCAGUAAGCCCAGGCCUUUCACCCAGGAAAAGGACCACCAGUCAGUGUAAAUCUGAGCCUCCUCUCCUCCGCACCUCCAAACGAACCAUCUACACCGCAGGCCGCCCACCCUGGUACAACGAACAUGGAGCGCAGUCCAAAGAGGCCUUUGUCAUUGGUCUGUGUGGCGGCAGCGCUUCAGGAAAGACGACCGUAGCCAGGAAAAUCAUUGAAGCUCUAGAUGUUCCAUGGGUUGUACUACUGUCAAUGGACUCUUUUUACAAGGUCCUGUCCCCAGAACAGCAGGUCCUGGCUGCCAGUAACGACUAUAACUUCGACCACCCUGAUGCCUUUGACUUUGAUUUGCUGACCCACACCCUGCGCAAACUCAAACAGGGCAAGAGCGUCAAAAUCCCCGUGUAUGACUUCACAACUCAUGGGAGACAGAAGGAGUGGAAAACGGUUUAUGGAGCCAGUGUCAUCAUCUUUGAGGGGAUCAUGGCCUUUGCAGAUAAAAAGCUCUUGCAGUUGCUGGACAUGAAGAUUUUUGUGGACACAGACUCUGACAUCCGGCUGGUGCGUCGGCUGAGGAGAGACAUCACAGAGAGAGGCAGAGACAUUGAGGGCGUCAUCAAACAGUACAACAAGUUCGUCAAGCCGGCGUUCGAGCAGUACAUCGAACCCACAAUGCGCCUGGCUGACAUUGUGGUGCCACGUGGUGGUGGUAACAUGGUGGCGAUCGAUUUGAUUGUUCAGCAUGUUCACAGUCAGCUGGAGGAGCGCGAGCUCAGCGUCAGGGCAGCCCUGGCUUCUGCACACCAGGCCCAACCCCUCCCCCAGACCCUCAGUGUGCUGGAGAACACACCCCAGGUCAGGGGCAUGCACACCAUCAUCAGAAACAAGGAAACCAGCCGCGAUGAGUUCAUCUUCUACUCCAAGAGGUUGAUGCGUCUGUUGAUCGAGCGAGCGCUCUCCUUCCUCCCUUCGCAGGUCCACGUAGUGCAGACCCCCCAGGGAGAGGAUUAUGAAGGCAGGACUUUCCACGGGAAGAGGAUCACAGGAGUGUCCAUCCUGCGAGCCGGGGAGACGAUGGAGCCGGCUCUGAGGGCCGUCUGUAAAGAUGUCCGCAUUGGCAAAAUCCUCAUCCAGACCAACCAGGACACAGGAGAACCAGAGCUUCAUUACCUGCGUCUACCCAAAGACAUCAGUGAAGAUCAUGUGAUCCUGAUGGACUGCACUGUGUCCACUGGAGCUGCUGCCAUGAUGGCUGUACGAGUCCUACUGGACCAUGACGUUCAGGAGGACAAGAUCCUGCUGGUGUCUUUGUUAAUGGCAGAAAUGGGAGUCCAUUCAGUGGCCUACGCCUUCCCUCAGGUCAAAAUCAUCACCACAGCUGUUGACAAGAAGGUCAAUGACCUCUUCCACAUCAUACCUGGCAUCGGAAACUUUGGAGAUCGAUACUUUGGAACAGAUGCACCGCCCGACUGGAGCGAUGAAGAGAUGGAUGAGCCCAGUUACUGAUUAAAUUACCGGCAGUGAACAAACUUGUUGUGUGAUUCAGGGCUGCGUCCCUCUGAGGACGAUACGAGGACACACUCUUCGCCUCUAUUGGACGGCAGCGCGCGCUCUUCAAGAUGCCCUGAAGAAUUAACUGAAAACCAGACAAACCCUUGCAAAUGUACAGUCACCUUGUUGAAAUUUUUAAAUAUAUUAUUUUAUCUUAUGUAAAUGCUGUUGUGGGAUGUUGUGUUAUGAAGUAUGAAAUAUUUUUAUAUGUACAGUAUGUUGUUUUGUCCAAAUAUUUUAUUUUAUUGUUUAAAUAGUGACAAUCUUUGAAAUUCGCAGGCAUGCUGCUUUGAAAAUAUCUAUAUCUAGCCUUAAGCCGUAUACUGUGGACGACAACUGAAUGUGAAUUUGCGCGUGCCGGAAAAGAAAAAGACAUCAAGCUUUUUAGUUUUUUUUUUGUUUUUACCACGACCUUCCACACAACUUUCACAAAAGUAAAAUCGGAACAUGAACUCGUGUUGCUCAACUUCCAUCGCCAUGAGCACUUUCUGAAGGACCAUUCAAUCGGAAAAUGUGUGGGUGUAUCUGCCUUUUUUUUAGCUCUCUAGUUCACCCUUUUCCUUUUUGUGGAUGCUGACCUAACCAGUUGAAACGGGUGUUGAAAAAACUUUUUUUCAUAAAACACCUAAAAGUAUGCACUUGUGAUGUAUAUUUAUGCAGAAUGUCCUUCAUUUGCAUAUUUUUAUCAUUGGAUAGAUCUGACCAGUCAGCAGACAAGUCAUGUAUCUUUUUGCUGCUAUGAAAAUGGGUCGUCUGCAUCUAACAAACAGAUCAAGUGUUUAUUUCUGUCCCACACAUCCUGAUCUUUGCCUCAUUUCACCAUGCAGCACAUGAGAUUCAUUGUUAAUAAAAAAAAAAGAAAAGGGCUGUUGACUUGAGAAUGCUUAUGAUCUCAGAACAUCUACAUGUCAAAAAGUGCAGCGUGCACAAAGCCCUGCUUGUGCCUUACCCUGCAGGGCUUUAGUAUCAGUAUUGAAUGGAAUUAUAUAUGUCUGUUAAAGUUGGUGCCUAUUUCAUAAUGCCUUUCAUAAUUAUUUUUACUAGUUGACCAGGUUGGUUAUUUGAACUGAUGCAAUGAGAUAUCAAAAGGUAAAGGAGUGAUGCAUAUUUAAAUAAUUUUGAUAUCAUUAUGAUCUCUUCAACAAGUUCACAAUUAAUUACCAUUAUACACAGGGUUCGUACGGGUGCUUGAAAACCUUGAAAAUACUUGAAUUUAAAUGUAUUU